CUUACUUAAUUAUAGGCAGAUACAAAGAAGCAUUGCUAACAGAAGAGAAAGAAGAUUUAGCUGGCUUAAUUAGAUCACGAAUAAAACAGGAAGAUUUAGCUGGAAUGGGACGAGGAGGUGAAGAAUGGAACGCGGAUGAGGAUGAAUGGAACGAGGAUGAGGAAGAAGAAUAUGAUGAGAAAAGGGGAGAAGAGGAAGAGAAUGAUGAAAGGGAAAAAAAAGAGGAUGAUGAGAAAGGGAAAAAAGAAGAGGAUGAUGAGAAAGGGAAAAAAGAAGAGGAUGAUGAGAAUGGGAAAAAAGAAGAGGAUGAUGAGAAUGGGAAAAAAGAAGAGGAUGAUGAUAAUAAUGAGGAAAAGGAAGAAGAGGAUGUGGAUGAUGAUAAGGAGAAAAAAAAAAA